AGCAAUAAGAGAUAACACAUAUACUCGCUAUGAUUUAGCGAGUAGAGCCCGAUCAUACGACCUGAAGUGGCGACUAUCCCAAGCUGAGUCGCGUUGGAAUGCUAAACACGCAUGGUGCCACUGCUCGUGCCCACCAUUCUGGUUUGGCCUCGACUUAGUUCUACCGCCAGCCUCCUUCCCUCUAGAAAUAAAAAUCAGUCGCCUUGGAAAAGUCUGCUUCUGUGAGUGUGCGGCCGCCUCCAGAUAAAUAGUAAGACGUCAUCUAUGACAGCCUUCUGAAUCGCGUCACCAACCACGCAGUCUAUCACUUCCACGAUGACAGGCCUUGCUCCAGAAUUCCCGCCACUUCUGUUACAGAUUGUCGUAGCUGAAUUAUCAACAGGAUAAACACGCUAAGGAACCGUCUUCGUCCCGUCCUGAACUAGUAGAUACGGUAGUUAGCAUUCUACUGACAUUAACAAGCGGCACAAGUCUGGGCCCUGCCUCCCCAAUCCAAUGCCGCAUUACCCAACAUUGGCAGAACCUAGGACUGGGUAAGCUUGUUAAGAUAAUUAAUGUUAUCGUGUCCCUGUAAACUACACUAGUGGGGCCCCAAGUUUAUCUAUUCUAGCCCGUCCGAAAGCUCUCAUUGGCUACCAGUACCGGGAGGAAUGCAAUAUAUCAUGGUUGCUAGGAAUCUGCACCACAACAAGUGUCUCUGACCAACCAAGGAGCUGCAAAACAUGACUUGUUUACGACAAGAUAAUAUAAAAUCAUUUCCCCUUCUGCCCCUUUUCGUUGGAUCUUCCCACUUUCCUGGGAUCCCUUUUUGUUCGGCUUCAUCCAUCAACGGACAAUCGACGUCUCUACUAACCCAUCUACAUUCACAGCACCAACCCGUAGCAAUCAUGGUCAACAUUCAGCUCUUCACAAUUGUUGCUGCGUUCAGCACCGCUGCAGUGGCUCGCCCCUCGCUGCCACUGUCGGAUCUUAACGGUUUGACUGCUCCAUUUCUGCAAAGCCUUGCUUCGCUCACCAACUCGGCGCCUCCUCCUCCCAUCCCCGACGUGGAUCUUGCUCCGGAAACUUGCAAUCUUGGUAUUUUGAGCCAGCCUCUGUGCUGUGAUCAGCUUCAGUCCGGAAAGAAGGGUAUUAACUGCGCUGCCCUUCCACUUCGCGUCGCCAACAAUAAGGAGUUGAUCAGCUUCUGCUCCGCAAUCAAGAAGAAGGCAGCUUGCUGUGCCGGCACACUGGGUCAAGACGGUGCUCUCUGCUCUGAUCCCACCAGCAUGCACUUCAAGCUUCCCAUUUAAACUAAAUGGUUGAGCCUGUGCCUAUGCUUCACUCUCCCAUUCCCUUCUGCACAUAAUCAAUGGUGAGGUGGAAGCCAUCGCCGUUCCGACUUUUCCGUCUUGGCUGGUCGGGCGGUCAACGUUAGCGUGCAUGAUUUUCUUUUCUAGUGAUCUUCCUGGCAUCCGAUACUUGUCAUUGGAUGUGGUGUUUCUUUGUGGAUCACCGCCGCACUGGGCCAACGUCACCCAGCAUUUGAUGGCGGCGCCACAUGGUGUGUUAUAUUGGCAUUUGCAUGAGGAUGAGGGACAGUUAUUAUUUACGGUGGACUCACUCGCAUUUCGACAACGGAGCGACUUAUUCUUUGUUAUUAUUUCCUUUAGAAAAACAAAUACGGGCUUUUCAUUGAUCU